AUGUCCGCACCAAACCUUCGCGCCCGGACAUCAGUCCCCGCGGCUGCCUCUGUCCCACCUACAUCCCCCUCCUCGACCACAGUCUCCACCCCGCCCAAACGCUCCGCAUCACAGGCUGCAGCAAAAGAAGACAAUGUCCGCGUCUCCUUCUUCGACGUCGUCCGCGCCCUCUCGGGCCUUAUUCUACUUUCCACGCUCCUAAGCUACUUAAUCACGGGCACCUCCUUAACAUGGGGCUACAAACCUUCAUGGGCGCGGCCGGCGAGGAUACGUGCUUGGCUUAAAGGACCGCUCAACUUGACCGACGCCGAAUUAUCCCUCUACAACGGCACCGACGCCUCCCUCCCAAUCCUCCUUGCGCUCAAUGGCUCCAUCUACGACGUCUCCGCCUCCCCGCACAUCUACGGUCCCGGUGGUAUGUACCACGUGCUCUCCGGCCGCGACGCGACGCGGGCAUUCGUCACGGGCUGCUUCGACGUGGAUUUAAAUGGCGAUCUGCGAGGUGUGGAGGAGAUGUUCAUCCCUAUCCCCGACAGCCCCCAAAGCGAAACAGGGGAAGGGGAAGGGGGAAUAAGCAAAGAGGUGAGGACGGUGAGGAAGUUGCUGAGGGAGAAGGAGACGAGGGUUGCGAGGAAGAAAGUCUAUGAGGCGGUGGAGGGUUGGAGGAAAUUGUUUGAUGGGGGAAAGGGAGGGAAGUAUUUCUGGCGGGGGAUGGUCGAUAGGAGGGUGGAGAGUGGAUGGGAGGGGUGGGGGGCGAAGAAGGAGUUGUGUGAGAAGGCGAAGCAGGGGAGGGGGAGGAGGGAGGCUGAUGAGGUGGUUGGAGGGUCAUGA